AUGGAACUCCUCAUAAUUCUCCUUGCUGUUUUGACUGUCUUUGUUGUUAUGGCAUUCUAUUAUGAACAUCCCAAGGCAGAAAUCCCUCAUGGAAUUCAUCAGCGCCAAAAGCUUUACCUUUUUCAUUACUGCCUGAACUUUGCCUUUGGUCUGGCAAAAUUUUUAGAAAAAGUAGGUAUCACCUCAGAGAUCUAUUUCCUCAGGACUCUGAUGGAUGGAAUACCACCAUUAAGAGACAAAAACCUAUGUAUCAAGGACUUGAGGUUUGAAGACGUUGAAGUAAGAAUUUACCAGCCAAAAGGAUCAACCACUGGCCAAAGAAGAGGAGUUGUUUAUUUUCAUGGAGGAGUUGGACUGUUUGGAAGCAUCCGGGCCUAUGAAAGAAAAUGCCGCUACUUGGCUAGAAAAACCGACUCAGUGGUUGUGUCUGUUGGAUAUCGCUUAGCUCCUGAGCAUCCAUACCCAACCCAGUUUGAGGAUUGUCUCACUGCCACCAUACACUUCAUGAGGACUGCAGAAAAUUAUGGAGUAGACCCUUCUCGUGUUAUCAUCUGUGGAGACAGUAGUGGAGGUACACUCACUGCUGCAGUCGCCCAAGCACUGGUGAACAGAACAGAUCUCCCAAAGCUGAGAGCACAAAUCUUAAUAUACCCUUUUCUCCAGGUUGUGGACUUUAAUUUGCCCUCUUACCAGCAGAAUGAGGGAGUUCCUAUUUUGUUAAAGGAACGAACCCUUACUCUUGGCUUGAGGUAUCUUAAUAAAGACUUGUCGGUCGUCGAAGCAAUAUUUAAAGGUUGCCAUAUUCCAGAAGAUUUGCAACUUAAAUAUCAGAAAUGGGUGAGUCCUGACUACAUCCCUCAUGAGUUUAAAGCAAGAGGCUACAAACCAUUUACAACACAUCCAUUCUCAGAAGAGCUGUACACACUGGUCAAGACUGUGUUUAGCCCUGUUUUUGCACCGCUGCUAGCUGAAGACAGUGUUAUUGCUCAGCUUCCUGAGGCUUUCAUUUUGACCUGUGAAUUUGAUGUGCUUAGAGAUGAUGGACUGCUGUACAAGAAACGACUGGAGGAUCACGGUAUAAAAGUGACCUGGUGUCACCUGCAACAGGGAUUCCAUGGAACAGUAUUCUUAUCUCUUUUGGGUGGGGUGGUAGCAUUCCGAUCUGGAAAUAAAGGCCUAGCAAAGAUACUAGAUUUUCUAAGAUCAAUGUAAAAUUCCAUUUCUUGCUUUCCUCUCCUGACUCCUGUCUCUCAUUGCUUGCAAAGGAUUUUUU